UUGCAUCCAUAAACAGCAAACACACACACACAUACACACAUAACAAUAAUCAUGUCAAAAUUAUCAUUUCGAGCGCGUGCGCUCGAUCCCUCCAAGCAGAUGCCCAUCUACUUGGCGGAGGAGCUGCCAGAUUUGCCAGAGUAUUCGGCGAUAAAUCGUGCGGUGCCGCAAAUGCCCAGUGGCAUGGAGAAGGAGGAGGAGUCGGAGCAUCAUCUGCAGCGGGCAAUAUGUACUGGUCUCAUUAUACCCACACCAGAGGUUUUUACCACCGAUCAGCAAGCCUACGAUCGUAUGUAUCCUCCAAAUUACAAAAUGCCGCGGCAAUUAAUUCACAUGCAGCCGCUGGGUCUCGAGCAAGAUGUACCAGAUUACGAUAUGGAUAGCGGCGAUGAAGUUUGGAUAAGCCAACAGAGUCGACGUCUUGAUCUGACACCACUGAAGUUCGAGCAGAUGAUGGAUCGGCUAGAGAAGAGUUCAGGGCAAAUGGUCGUUAAGCUAAAUGAGGCGAAGGCACUGCUUAAGCAGGACGAUGAAGUCAGCAUUGCCGUUUACGAUUACUGGCUUAAUAAACGUUUGAAAAUGCAACACCCGCUGAUACUGACUGUGAAAACGGAGAAUCGUCCGGGCUCAUCUUCGAACAAUCCGUACUUAGCAUUUCGCCGACGCACCGAAAAGAUGCAAACGCGAAAGAAUCGCAAAAAUGAUGAAACGUCCUAUGAGAAGAUGCUCAAGCUGAGGCGCGACUUGCAGCGUGCCACCACCGUGCUGGAGAUGGUGAAGCGACGCGAGAAGACGAAACGUGAGCAAUUGCAUUUAUCUAUAGAAAUCUUCGAGAAGCGAUAUCAGCUGCGCGACUUCAGUGGUGCUCUAUUCUCCGAAUUGAGUUCUUCGCUGAAGAAUUCCAGACCUGCGUUUGCCCCUUUGUAUACGAAUCAAUACUCACACCAUGCAUCUGCGACAGGCACCACACCCACUGGUGUUGUAUCAGCCGGUGCGGGGACGCAUGCUGCCGGUGUUGGCAGUGUACUGGGGCCAGGCGGUUUGCUUACAUCAACGGCGGGUGCGAAUAGUGUCGCAGCCGGCAGUGGUGGACAUCUGUAUGCGUCGGCUUCGCAGUACCUGAAUCCUUCAAGUUUAACCAUUGAUGCAAUCAACACUGGCGCAAGUGGUGGUAGUGGUAAUCGCAAGGAGAAGCGACAGUAUAAGAAACGAAAACAUAAAUUGCCGCGUGAUAAGCAACAGCAGCAGCAACAACAGCAGCAACAUCAGCAACAUCAGUAUUUGGGUGGCGUUAGCAGUGGUAAUGGCUUGUCGGCGUCGGCGCUUGGUGGCGCAGGUGCAGCGUUAAGCGCGCAGCAUUUGUUACAUUUGCAUCGUCACAGCUCAUCGCCCGCUGCUAAUGAGUCCAAUAUCGAGACGGAGGAGGAGGAGUUUGGCAGUGGUGGUUUGGGUGGUGGUCAUCAUGCGCACAAAAUGGGCUCCGAAAGUGAGGAGGAGAUACCGUUUGCAUUUAGGCGGAAGCAACAUUGCGACUAUCAGAGGCCUUUAGUUCAUGAUGGCAAUUGGCCUUGGGAAUCGAAGGAAGAUUGUGGAUUUGGUGAUCCGAAAUAUCGAUUCACUCUAACAUCCAUUAAACAUCCGAGACCUCGUUGCAUUGGUUUCGCCAGACGUCGCAUGGGGCGUGGUGGCCGUGUUGCUCUUGAUCGCAUAGCCACAGAUAUGGAUGAUUUUUGGUCACAGCUCGAUUACACGAUAUUUGAAAGCGAUACCACUGCGUUAGCGACGAAAUGCUCAAAUAUCAAAAAAGAGCCUGUGAAACCCGCCUCGCCACCCACGGUUGUUGACCUGCCGCCGCCGUCCAACAUAGGUAACGCAGUUGGCCCAGCUGCCAUCACAAUCGCCAGCACCUCCACGACGACAUUAUUGCCUGCAUCACAACUACCCGCCAACACAACGAUCAAAGUCGAGCCCAUCGACGUGGCAAUAGAUGUGUCGCCAAUCAAAAUCGAUGCUAACGCCGCGCAAGUCAGUGACGAUGAUGGUGUUGAGGCCGACUUUGAUGACGACGACUAUGAGGAGGCUUUGCAUACAGAUGUGAAUAUUUCACGCGAUGCCAACUACAUUUCGUCCAUGACGUUGUUACGACAGCGGCAACGUCAACGUAUGCGCUUGCAGCAGAAACGACGACGGCGUCGACUGCAACGCCAAAAGGCCAUUGAAGAGGGUGGCGGUGACGGCGAGUGCGUAAAACGGCAACGCUUCAAUAACACCGACAGCGUCGUGGUGGAUACAAAGUCAGUGACUGCGACUCAAAAGGUUCCGUCGGCAAAAGAGGAAUUGCCACGUCGUUUGCUUCAUCAGCUGUCCAAGUUGAUUGAUGAGAAUAGCAUGAAUAGCAUAAGCAGCUUCUUGCUGAGCGAAAAAGUGAAACGUGAAAAGCUGAAUGGCGAUGACGUGUCCGAUGAAGUUGUCGUCGACUUGGAGCGGCAGCAGCAGCAGCAACAACAACCGUGGCCAAAUCGUUCCAAUAACAAUUUAAUUAACUACAACAACAACAACAAUAGUAGUAGUAAUAUAAAUAAGAAUGUAGGCGUUAGAGAUAAAUUCAAUGUGAUAAAAAGCGAAGGCACCACCAGCCCAGGCUCAUUGGCGGCAGCGACGGUCUCAGAACCAGCGGUGGCAGCUACCGUAGGAGCGGCGUCGUCGACAACGACCGCCACUUCAACAAUGUCCAUGUCGUCAGCAGCACCAUUAACAAAAGCCAUCAAACAAGAACUAAUAGAUUGCACAAGCGGCGGUGCUUCAGCCGACGAUUCGAAUGAACCAUUGAGCAGCAUAAAGAAAUCUGCAUCUGCGUUAACGGACACCACAUCCACUUCAGCUAUGCAAGUGUUGGAAGACGAGGAGAAUGUGAAUUUGGCGCAAUUGAGCAGUCUAAUCAGACACACUGUGAAGAAGGAGCCACUGGACGAUGAUGCUGCCGCGUCGCAUGCAUCGCUAACAACUAGCACAACGAAAUUUAAUUCUGCAAAUUAUGCGCAUGCCAGCAUCGACGAUGAGGAUAUGUCAACGCCGCUAAAUCAGUUGCCCGAUGUCAUACGCCAGCAGCACCGCCAGUCUUUGCAGUUCAAUAACAAAUUGAAGUGUCAGCAGCUUGCCGGCGAUGUUCCAUGCAGCAGUGGCAUCAAUGUCUUAAUCGACGACACCUUGCCCACCACAUUCGAUGGUGACAAGUACGAUUACGGUGGCAGUCUUUCGCCGACUUCAAGUCAGCGGUUGGAUGUUUGCAAUGAACUGCUCUCCGAAAUACGCAGGGAUUGGUUGCAUUUUCGCCCGAAGACGCCAACCGAUGACCUGUCUGAUAGUAGUGAUUGCAAGUUGUCGCCCUCGGAGCCACUGGUCGAGUGGACGCAGCAGACUCCUAUAGCCGUCGAAAUGCUGCGGUUGCCGUGUGAUAGUGUUGAGUCAAAGAGAACUCUGCGCACGCAAAAAAACACUGAGCAGACGUUGAACAGUCUGUGGGAUACACAUUCCGACGAUGCGCUCUUCGUAAGUAGUAGUUUCAAGUAUGCUGAACUCGAACCAGAUGUGCAGCUUCUACAGACUUACUAUGCGCCAGAAGUGACGCGCGGCAGUAGCAAGAGUCCUGACGUUGGCGCAGCAGGCAAUUCGAACUCGGCCAUUGACUUCAAUUUGAGCGGUGACUCGCUAACCGAUAUAAAUCUUUUGGGCGACGGCGAUGAAACGGAUGAAAAUAUGCUCGUGAACAUACUGAAGGAAUGUGACGACAUUAAGACUCUGAAUCAGGCUACAAAUUUUUGGAAUGGCAUACUCGAAGGUGAAGCAGAAGUUGAUGAAGUAGCUGCUGAUGUGGAGACUGACUUACUGGCAUGCAUCGAGGGGAAAUCGUCGAAGCAUAAGGAAGGCAGACGUGCUUCACGCACUAAAGGCAGCACCGGUGGUGGUUGUGGCGGCAAGUGGCGCAGUGGCUGUGCAAUAUAUGGCGGCACAAGUUUCAACACAACGGAUGCCACUAGCACACUUCCUGACGAAGUGUUUUUCCAAAAAGUGCAACCAAAAGUAGAGCCCGCCGACCUAGCUGAAGAGUCAGAGACUACAACGUCAGCAGCGCCUACUAAUGCAAUUAUAAAGACAGAGCCCGUAGACGAUUUGUCCGACCCAGCAACGCCUAGUGUUGGUGGCUUAGUAACCGCACAACAGCAGGUGACAACUUCGUUAAGCACUAUACCCGCGCAAAUAUUGCAAAAUACGGCUGCAGCUGGCGUUAGUCUUGGUGGCGGUGCCACAACUGUCGCAAGCAUACCGCAUUUCAUUACGAACAGCGUGCAGCCACAGCUUGUUGCCACGUCCGGAGUGGUACACCGUCAGCCACAGCUGCAUAUGCAGCAGCAGUUAAUUACACAGCAACAGCAACAGCAGCAGCAGCAGCAUCAGCAUCAGCCACAAGUGCAGCUGCAGGAGGUGGCUGCAGUUGGUGAUAUUAUAACGGUAACUUCAACGAACGUGCCACCAUUGCAGCAACAGCAGCAAUACCAGCAUGUCCAAGUGCAGCAGCAACAACAGCAGCAACAUCAAAUAUUGCAGCUACGACAACCCCGUCUACAGAACGUCAUGCAGCAACUACAGCAAAUUCAACAGCAGCAGCAACGUCAACAAUUGCUGCAAAUGCAACGAGAUCUGCUAUCCGGCGGGCCGGUCAUAACUCAAUAUGUAUCGGCAACGCCAACAAAUGCCGGCACCACAACUGUUACGACCACGGCACUUCGCCAGCCUACACUCACACCAAUUGGCGCCACAGCGACAGGAAAUCACACUAUCUAUACCACCACCUCGGCGGCAGACGGCAGCAUCAUGGGUGGCACACAAAAAAUUUACAUACAAAAAGCCACACCCACAAUCAGCAGCGGUACCGCUACCCUAUCUGCAUCGCAAGUUCCUAACAGCCAGUCGUCCGCAAACACAGCGCCUGCAUCGGUUAUUACGCUGUCCAAUAUGAAGCUGGAAAACAAUAGUGAUGGAGGUGCGUCCGCAAGUCAGACAGUGACGUCAGGUAGUACUACAAAUAUACUAACUAUCGAUGGUAAUGGCGUCACGGCAUCGCCUAUGAGCACCACGGGUUCUGGUGUCAACAUCAUCAGUACGGCGGGUGGACAUCAAGUGGCUGUGCACAAUAUUAGCGGUGGUACUAUGCAGCAUUUGACUAGCACCAACAACAGCGGUGGCACUGUACAACAUUUGUCGUCGCCGUCAGUUUCGGGUGGCACUACGCCACUUAUUGUUACAACAACGACACGCCAAGCGCAACAACAGCAGCAGCAGCAACUUGUGCAUCAACCAACACAACAAAUUGUGUGGCGUCAAAUAAGUGGUGGCACGACGAAUACUGCGUCAGGUGCAGGUACCACCGUUAGUGGUGCCGAUGCUGCGGCGGCAAUGGCGGCCGCAGCAGCCGCAGCCGGCUCGGCUGGCAACAAGAUUGUGUGGGCCAGUCGUCCGGGUCAAAAGCGGCAGUUGAAUGGGCCAGAUGGAGCGACAGGUGGGUGAAAUUUGAGGGGAGGAAAGAAAUAGUUCUACAAUUCUUAAAAAAUCACAAC